AGCGUCGCCGUGCGCCGAUGAAUCGAUGAGUUUCACCGGGAAAUUAACCGGCGCCCUGCUGCUGGCGCUCCUCGCAGCGCAAGGUUGUUUCUCAUCUAAAGCUGAGGACAGACUCUUCCGGAGGUUGUUCAGAAGGUACAACCAGUUCAUCCGACCAGUGGAGAAUGUCUCCGAUCCGGUUACUGUGGAGUUUGAAGUCUCCAUAUCUCAGCUUGUUAAAGUGGAUGAGGUGAAUCAGAUUAUGGAAACCAACCUGUGGCUGCGACAUGUGUGGAAUGACUACAAGCUGAGAUGGGUGCCUGUCGAGUAUGACGGGAUCGAGUUCAUCCGAGUUCCGUCUAAUAAGAUUUGGAGGCCUGACAUCGUCUUGUACAACAAUGCUGUGGGAGAUUUCCUCGUGGAAGACAAGACCAAAGCUCUGCUGAAGUUUGAUGGCACAAUCACUUGGGUCCCUCCAGCUAUUUUCAAGUCCUCCUGUCCCAUGGACAUCACCUAUUUCCCCUUCGACUACCAGAACUGCUCCAUGAAAUUUGGUUCCUGGACGUAUGAUAAAGCCAAGAUCGACCUGGUUCUCAUUGGUUCAAAGGUGAACCUGAAGGACUUCUGGGAGAGCGGGGAGUGGGAGAUCAUCGAUGCGCCGGGUUAUAAACACGACAUCAAGUAUAACUGCUGUGAAGAGAUCUACCCUGAUAUCACCUACUCCUUCUACAUCCGCCGCCUGCCGCUCUUCUACACCAUCAACCUCAUCAUCCCCUGCCUCCUCAUCUCCUUCCUCACCGUGCUGGUCUUCUACCUGCCGUCGGACUGCGGGGAGAAGGUCACCCUGUGCAUCUCGGUCCUCCUCUCCCUCACCGUGUUCCUGCUGGUCAUCACCGAGACCAUCCCCUCCACGUCGCUGGUGAUCCCCCUGAUCGGCGAGUACCUCCUCUUCACCAUGAUCUUCGUCACGCUCAGCAUCGUCAUCACCGUCUUUGUGCUCAACGUGCACUACCGCACCCCGAUGACUCACACCAUGCCCGAGUGGGUGAGGGCGGUGUUCCUCGGGGUGCUGCCCAGGGUGAUGCUGAUGAGGCGGCCCAUCGACCAGGGCUGCUCCUCGCCCGCCAGCAUCACGGGAGGAGCGGGAGGAGGAGGAGGCAGCGGUGCAGCGAACAAAAAGAGAAAGAACAGCAUCGGGAGCGGCUCAGGAAGUGUGAGUGUGGGAGGGAUUACCGGAGGCGUUGCCUGUCCGCCGCUGGACGGCGGCGCAGGAGGAGGAGGAGGAGGAGGAGGAGGAGGAGGAGGAGGAAGCUCCUCGGCCGGCGGCUCCAUGAACUGCGUGGAGUACGGCGACAUGAAUCGUGAUCUGAACCGGGACAUGAACCGCGAGUUUAACCGAGACAUGAACAGGGAUUUGAACAGGAGGUGUCCCUACAGAGGCAAGGAGGUGCCGACUCCCGUCCCCCCGCCGAUGGUGCCGCCGCCGCCCCCUCCUCCACCACCACCACCACCACCCGGAUCUCAGAGCCAGGGGCCCCAGGAGGCGGAGCCACCAAAAGUACCGAGGCCCCUGAAUGCCUCGUCACCGGUUAACGCCGUCGUCGCCUUUUCUGUCGUGUCACCAGAAAUCAAGCAGGCCAUAGAGAGUGUGAAGUACAUCGCGGAGAACAUGAGGACCCGCAACAAGGCCAAAGAGGUGGAAGAUGACUGGAAGUAUGUGGCGAUGGUCAUCGACAGGAUCUUCCUGUGGGUUUUUGUGACCGUGUGUGUGCUGGGAACGCUGGGACUCUUCCUUCAGCCGCUCAUCAGCUUUUUAAAAUGAGAAACUUAUCCUUGUUCUCACUCUUUCUCUCUUCCUCUCCGUCUCUCUUUGUGUGCCCCAGUCUGCCUCCGUAGCCUCACUUGAAUUACUUUGGGCAUUAUCCGAUUGCAGAGUAUCUUUGUUCUCCUUUUCUGGUCUUUGUCUUUCCACGAUUAGUCUCUUGCUCUUUUUGAGGACUUCAUCAUCGGCUUCCACUUCUAUCCCUCAGCUGUCUGCUUCCUCAAAUGAC